ACAAAACCGGAAGUGACGCUAUCGCCUCUCUUCUUGAAACAUGCUUGAACGGAGGUGACCUUAGUUACUAUCCACAUUGUAAAGUGAAGUUAUUUGGCGACUGCCCCGCCUGGUUUACAUGCAGAACUUGUUGAAGUAUUGCUGAAGACUUGAGAAAGACGAGCAGAGAUGGCGGAGGCUCAUCAGGCGCGCGUCCAGACUGUGGUCGAAGACAUGGUCCAAAGCCUGGAGAGGGACCACAUCCGUAAAAUGCAGGGUCGUAUGUUCAGGUGCAGUGCAGAGUGCUGUGAUCGACCCUCAGACUCCAUGUCUUCAGUGCAUCAGUGCAUCGACAGGUGUCACACUCCUCUGGCUCAAGCUCAGGGACUCGUCACUACAGAGCUGGAGAAGUUUCAGGAUCGUCUGACCAGAUGCACGAUGCACUGCAACGACAAGGCGAAGGAUCUUUUUGACUCUGGUGCCAAGGAGGCAGCCGUUAAGUCUCUGAUGGAGCGCUGUGUGGGCAGCUGUGUGGACGACCAUGUUAACCUGAUCCCCAGCAUGACCCGAAGACUCAAAGAGAAUUUGGACUCUAUACAACAGUGAAAAGCAGGAGGGAUUGCUGAAGUCUGUCCUGUAGACAGCCUGGACUCAUUACACACACAUAAAUACACACACACACAGCAGCGCAGGGUUCGCCAACUCAGCCAGUUUAACCAGUUACAACUGAAGAAGAGAGAGCUGGAACAUCAUGACAGAGUAGAGUUUAAAAUUAAUAAUGUGACGCAAAUGGUAGAGUUUUACAGGCAGAUGCUGGAGGUUUUUUGGCUUGUUAGGUCCUGAUUCAUCUGUGCAAUUGCAACAAAAAAGAAAUCUAGCGAUACAUCUGGUGUCAUAGUGUUGUGUACAAACAAGAUAACGGCUCAGUAAUGCUUUAGAGCCCAUCUGAGUAUCACAAAUCAAACUAUACAGUACAACACGCAGUCGACAGGAUCCAGAUUUGCAUUUGUUCAUGCGAACAGUUUGAACAUCCUGUUUGUUUGCAGGAUUUGAUAUUCAGCUCUUAUACUUAAUCUGUGAAGUCCCAUCACUCAUCAUUCUUUUUUUGUGUAAUUUUAAGUUCUGUGUACGUUUGUAUCUGAAUUAAAAGUGCUAGAGAUGUAA